UCAGUUCGCAUUUUGUUCUCGGCCGUGUUGGAUGUGUUCGUGGUAUUUCGUGUAACGGACGCCGGAUAUUGUUUUUGUUUUGUCAUUCUAUGCUUGCGCAGGUGUUAGUGUGUCUGCCUGCUAGUGUGCGUGUAUGUGUUAACCAAUGCAAGUGAGCGGCCGUGUAUUGGUGGAGCAGCCAAUGCUGCUUGCAGUUCAAAAGGGCAGACAGCAACAUCACGAAGAAGAAGCACUAAAAGCAUAGGCGCAACAACAAUACUUACCUGCUGGCAGCGCAGCAUUUAAGCCAACUCGCUGCUUUGAAUGUGUGUGUGUUCUUACUAAUACGCAAACAAAUCAAAUUAUAAUGGCCAGCAGCGCUAGCAGGGAAUAUUUACGGUGUGCUCAAUAUUCAAACUCAAAUUCAAGCUAGAAAGUGUCGCGUGCGAAAGUGUUGAAAUAAAAAAGUAGCAGCCGCGCAAUUUUUAUGCUGCUUAAAAACCUGUUCUAGACGCCAAGUGCAAGUUACACACAUACAUACAUACGUUAUAUGCACAUAUACAUAUGCAAGCAUACGAUACGCGAAAAGAGAGCAAAAGGCAAUAAACAAAAACCUCAACGAAAACUAAACGAAAUAGAGCUCAAUGUGCAAUACGCAAAUCCGCUGAAUUAAAAAGAUAAAUAGAGAAAGAAAGAAUAGAUAACCCUUAAAGCAGCAUCACUUUAAACUCCAAUACGAAUAAAACGAUCAUGGCUAUAACUGCUUAUGCGUCAGCAACUGCUGCCGCCGCUACCAACAAUGCGCACGUCACACAACAGCAACCGAGACAGCUAAGGCAAAAGCAACAACAAACAACACAUCAGCAGCGACAGAGACUACGACAGAGCCGUGCGCGCACGAAAAGCGCAGCUCAAAUAACGUCGACGUCGACGCUGACGCCACUGCUCAAGCGCGCCAUUUCAGCGCCCCAAUGGAUAUUUCUCUUCAUUUUGAUUUAUUUAGCAACAGAUGUCGCCUCAGUGGAAGUGCACACAAGGGAGGCAUACUUCAAUGGAUCCGCUUACCUGCGCCUACUGACGCCCAUGCCCACCUGGGACCAUUCGGCGAUCAGUUUCCGCUCGUGCCGCGGCGGGGAAAUACUGGCUCAGCAAUAUAACAAAAACUCAAUUGUAAUCUCAGUGCUCAACGAUGCCCUGCAAGUCUCACUGGCCGGUCCGGCCGUCAUCGGGAUCAAGAAUCGCCUCGAUGUUAGAUUACCCUACCAACUGUUGGAUAAUCGCUGGCAUACGCUGCAAUUCAAAUACGAGUAUGGUAAUCUCUAUCUGCAUGUGGAUCGUGAGGCAAUUAUAUUUGCCAACUCAACUUAUAACAGUCAGUUCUUGACCAAUCAGGAUAUUGGCAGCGAAGCAGCUAUUUUGAUACUGGGCAACUCGUUUUCGGGUUGUCUGCUUGAUGGACCUGGACUGCAGUUUGUCCCCGGCAAUAUGACUAUACAGAAUGCCGUCUUUGGUGUCUGUCCCUUGUCCUUUGGACCGUGCAGCGAACAGGAGUUGUUCGCCAGGCUACAAGACAACUAUUGCUUGAACGAUCCAUGCAUGGGACACGGAACUUGCACCUCGAAUGCUGAUGGCUAUGAAUGCCGCUGCACAGCUCGCUACUCGGGCAAGAAUUGUCAGAAGGAUAACGGAUCACCAUGUGCCAAGAAUCCUUGUAACAACGGCGGCACCUGUCGAGAAAAUGCACGCGGGGAGUAUCAAUGCAUUUGCGAUGUGAAUCACAGUGGCGACCACUGCGAGACCGAGGUGAAUGUGCAUCCGUUGUGCCAGGCGAGUCCCUGCCUCAACAACGGUGCCUGCGUUGUGCUCGCCGGCAGCUCCAGCCCCAUCUGUGAGUGCAAGAAGGGCUAUACGGGAGUGCGCUGUGAGAUCGACAUGGAUGAGUGCGCCUCGCAGCCGUGCCAGAACAAUGGCAGCUGCAUCGAUCGCAACAAUGGCUUCAGCUGCGAUUGCAGCGGCACCGGCUACACUGGCCCCUUCUGCCAGACGAACAUUGAUGAGUGCGAGCUGCAGAACCCGUGCCUCAAUGGUGGACAUUGCUUCGAUACCUACGGAUCCUACACGUGCCAGUGCUUGGAUGGCUGGCAUGGCGAGAUAUGUGAGAAGCCCAUCAGCUGCCAGACACAGCAGUGUCUCAACGGCGGCACCUGUGUCAACAAGCCCAUCGGUUUCCAGUGCAUCUGUGCGCCGGAGUACAGUGGAGAGCUGUGCCAACUCGGACCCAGUUGUGCGCAAACGUGUCCCAUCGACUCGGAGUGUGUAGGCGGCGUCUGCGUGUGUAAGCCAGGCACAUCGGGCCCCAUUGGUCAUUGUCUGCCAACAACAACUACACCGACACCAGAACAGCCAACAACAACUAUGCUUAUCACAACCUCAGCCAUGCGAAUUACAACAACAACAACACCUCCAAUAACCACAACAACAACAGAUAGUAACAAACAACAACUACUAUUACUACAACAACAACAACAAUCAGCACCAACCCAACGCUCGGCAUCACUGAAUGCAUGUCCCCAAGAAAAUUGCUUGAACGGUGGCACCUGCCUGGGAUAUAACAGUAACAAUUAUACCUGUAUAUGUGCUAGUGGAUACACAGGUUACAAUUGCCAACUGAACUCGGCCGAUGGCGGUACCACCUUAGCCCUGACUCCCAUCAACUGUAAUGCCACCAAUGGCAAAUGCCUGAAUGGGGGCACUUGCUCGAUGAAUGGCACACACUGUUACUGUGCCGUCGGCUUCUCGGGCGAUCGUUGCGAAAAAGUUGAAAACUGCACACCGCUCAACUGCCAGGAACCGAUGAUCUGUGCCCAGAAUCAAUGCAUUUGCCCAGAGAAUAAAAUUUGCAAUCAGUGUGCCACACAUCCGUGCCAGAAUGGCGGUGCUUGCCUCGAUCUACCCAAUGGCGAUUACGAGUGUAAGUGCCAACGCGGCUGGAUGGGUAGGACUUGUGGCAACGAUGUGGAUGAGUGCGUCCAGCAGCCCAACAUAUGCGGCAAUGGCAUCUGCAAGAACGAGAAGGGAUCUUACAAGUGUUAUUGUACUCCUGGCUUUACGGGCAUUCAUUGUGACUCCGAUGUGGAUGAGUGCUUGAGUCAUCCCUGUCUGCAUGGCGCAACAUGCCACAACAAGAUCAACGCCUAUGAGUGCGAUUGCAAACCGGGUUAUCAAGGUGAAAAUUGCGAGAUUGACAUCGAUGAGUGCAUCAGCAAUCCAUGCUCGAAUGGAUCCACCUGCAUCGAUAUGAUUAACAACUUCACCUGCUCCUGCAUACCGGGAAUGACGGGUCGCAUCUGUGACAUUGACAUCGACGAUUGCAUCUCGGCGCCAUGCCAGAAUAAUGGUCUCUGCAUCGACGAAUUAGGUGGCUUUCAUUGUAACUGUAGUGGCACUGGUUAUGAGGGCAAGAACUGCGAACUGAAUAUUGAUGAAUGUGUGUCGAAUCCUUGUACGCAUGGCGCCAGAUGCAUUGAUCAGGUGAAGGACUACUUAUGCGAGUGUCACGGCGGCUACAAGGGCAAGAAUUGUGAGCAGGAUAUCAAUGAGUGUGAAAGCAAUCCCUGUCAAUACAAUAGCACCUGCUUAGAACGUUCCAAUUCAACACUGUACCAGAUGAGCAAAAAUAUGGAUCUACCUCGCGUUUUUAGUCAAUCGUUUAGCUAUGAGAAUGCAAGCGGUUAUGAAUGCGUUUGUGUGCCUGGCAUAAUUGGGAAGAACUGUGAGAUCAACAUCAACGAGUGUGAGAGUAAUCCCUGCAGCAAGCAUGGAACGUGUAACGAUGGAAUUGGCACUUAUACUUGUGAAUGUGAUCCUGGCUUCGAGGGCACUCACUGUGAAAUCAACAUUGAUGAAUGCGAUCGCUAUAAUCCCUGCCAGAAUGGCACCUGCAUUGAUCAAAUCAACGACUACGAUUGCGACUGUGAUGCCAACUUCGGUGGCAAGAACUGUUCCGUGCCUUUGAUUGGCUGCUUGAGUGGACCGUGUCUCAACAAUGGAACCUGCCGUCCCUAUUUGGUCAAUGAGACAACGCAUCUGUUCAACUGCUCAUGCGAACAUGGCUUCCAGGGCUACACAUGUGAGAAGACCACCACACUGUCCAUGGUUGUCAGCAGUUUAAUUACUGUUAAGACUCAGCGUGAAGAAGGCUACGAUAUUAAUUUGCAAUUUAAGACAACGUUGCCUAACGGUGUGUUGGCCUUUGGCACUUCGGGUGGUCAGAAUGAGCCGGUUAGCUAUAUAUUGGAGCUGAUCAAUGGUCGUCUCAAUCUGCACUCGUCGCUGCUAAACAAAUGGGAGGGAGUCUUCAUUGGCUCCAAGCUGAACGACAGCAAUUGGCACAAAGUGUUUGUUGCCAUCAAUACAUCCCAUUUGGUGCUCUCUGCCAACGAUGAGCAGGCCAUUUUUCCGGUGGGUUCCUAUGAGACAGCCAACAACAGUCAACCUUCAUUUCCACUCACUUAUCUGGGCGGAACCAUUCCCAAUCUGAAGUCCUAUUUACGUCAUUUGACCCAUCAGCCGUCGAGUUUUGUGGGCUGCAUGCAGGAUGUUGUGGUCAAUGGCAAAUGGAUCUUCCCUGACGAACAGGAUACGGAUGAGAAUACUAAGCUGUCCUAUGUGCAAAGCGGUUGUCCGCGUACCGAGCAGUGCAAACCUAAUCCUUGUCACUCGAAUGGCGAGUGCACAGAUCUUUGGCACACCUUUGCCUGCCACUGUCCCAGACCCUUCUUUGGACACACGUGUCAGCACAAUAUGACGGCUGCAACGUUUGGACAUGAGAAUACGACGCACUCGGCGGUGAUUGUAGAGACAACAGAUGUGGCCAGACGUGCUAUACGAUCCAUUCUGGACAUAUCAAUGUUUAUACGCACUCGAGAACCGGCUGGACAAGUUUUCUAUCUGGGCAGCGAUCCACGCAAGGUGCCUACCAAAAAUGUUGGCGACUCGUAUGUAGCGGCUAAACUGCACGGAGGUGAAUUGCUGGUCAAAAUGCAGUUCAAUGGAACACCAGAGGCGUAUACAGUUGGUGGCCAGAAGCUGGACAAUGGCUAUAAUCAUCUCAUUGAGGUGGUUCGCAAUCAAACCCUCGUGCAGGUCAAGCUUAAUGGCACCGAAUACUUCCGCAAAACGCUAUCAACGACGGGUCUGUUGGAUGCACAAGUGCUAUACUUAGGCGGUCCGGCACCAACGCGGGAGUCUCUGCUGCCAGCAAGCACUGAACCCGGAGUUGAUGAGAGCAGCUUAGCAACUAGCAAUGCGGCCAUUUCUAAGGAGUUGGAAGACAGCAAGGAUUACUUCAAAGGCAUUAUUCAGGAUGUGAAAGUGAGCAAUGGCUCAUUGAAUAUGAUUGUCGAGAUGUAUCCACUGAAUGUGACCGAUGUGAAUGUGAAUGCUAAGCCUUUUGGUGUGGUAAGCAUUGAUCGUGCCUCUGUGCUGCCUGGCGAGGUGUCCGAUGAUCUGUGCCGCAAGAAUCCUUGCAAGCACAAUGCGGAGUGCAGAAAUACAUGGAACGACUACAGCUGCAAGUGUCCAAAUGGCUACAAAGGCAAAGAUUGCCAAGAGAUUGAGUUCUGUCAACUGGUCACCUGCCCAGGUAGCAGUGUCUGCCAGAAUCUGGACGAUGGCUACGAAUGCUUGACUAACAUUACGUUUACGGGCCAGGAGCAUACACCCUUGGUGUUUAACUACUUCAAGGAGCCGCUGGCUGAUGAAAAUGGUGUCACUAAGCAACCAAUACUCAAGCCUGUCAUAGAGAUUGCAUAUAGAACGCGAGCCGGCGGCACUUUGCUCUUCAUUGACAACAACGACAGCUUCUUUGAGAUUGGCGUUAAUGGCGGACGUGUGACGGUCACUUGGAAACUGAAUAAUCUGCAUAUUGGCGAAUCAGGACGCUUCGAGAAAGAGAACACUGAUGGCGAAUGGAGUCGCAUUUAUUUGCGUGCUCACGGUGGGAAACUGGAAGGCGGUUGGAAGGGCUGGGAGUCGAUGGUGGAUCCCACUCCUGGCUUCUCAACGGACAUUGAUCAGGGCGCAUUCCAGGAGCUGCUCUCGAGCAGCACACAAGUCUACCUGGGCGGCAUGCCGGAGUCGCGUCACUCACGUGGUUCCACGCAAUCCUCGCAGCAGGGCUCCCAGUUCAAGGGUUGCCUAGGGGAGGCUCGAGUUGGUGACUUGCUGCUGCCCUACUUCUCCAACGCCGAACUGUAUCCGCCCACCGAAAACGUCUCUGUACAAUUGCAAGCACAGUUCCGCUUGAACUCAUCGCGACCCGAGGAAGGCUGCAUCCUGUGCUUCCAGGUGGACUGUAAAAAUGGGGGCUACUGCAACGUGCCCACUGAGGAGUACGCUUGCACCUGUCAGGCGGGCUAUGAGGGAGACGACUGCGCCACGGAUAUUGACGAGUGCCUCAACACACACUGCGAGAACAAUGGCACCUGCAUCAACCAAGUAGCCAAUUUCUAUUGCCAGUGCCAGCCAGGAUUCGAGGGUCGCUACUGCGAGCAAAACAUUGAUGAAUGUGCCACGCAGCCUUGUCACAAUGGAGGCAAUUGCACGGAUUUGAUAGCUGCCUACGAGUGCAUCUGUCCGGAUGACUAUACAGGUCCACAAUGUGACGCCCUUAAGCAGAUGACCUGCGAGAACGAGCCCUGUCGCAAUGGUUCCAGCUGUGAGAAUGGUUUCAAUGCUCAAACCGGCAAUAACUUCACCUGCACUUGCUCCAUGGGCUUUGAAGGUCCACUAUGCGACACGCCCUUCUGCGAGAUGACGCCCUGCGCCAACGGCGGUCUCUGUCUGUCCACUAACACAAUACCUAAUUGCAAGUGCAGUCUAGGGUAUACGGGUAGUCUAUGUGAACAGGAGAUCGACGAAUGCGCAUCCAAUCCCUGCCAGAAUGGCGGCCUGUGUCAAGAUCUUGUAGGUGGGUAUGUCUGCAACUGCGUUUCAACGGGUUUCGACGGCAUUCACUGCGAGAAUGACAUCGACGAGUGCGCUAACGAUGAGUAUUGCGGUGGUCUUGGGCGUUGCAUUAAUAUGCCGGGCAGCUUCAAGUGCAUUUGCCAGACACCUUUCUGCGGGGCCUAUUGCAACGUCACCGAUCCUUGCAAUACACCAAACAUAUGCGCCAAUGGCGGGCAGUGCACAGAGACCUGUGGCGCAGAGGCUGAUUACUCUUGUAAUUGCACGGAAGGUUUUAUGGGCAAGAACUGCACAGCAUUGAUUAUGGCUAAAGAUGAUGGACCCUCGACAACGGAUAUUGCCAUCAUUGUAAUACCCGUAGUUGUCGUUCUACUGUUGAUUGCAGGCGCACUGCUGGGCACCUUCUUGGUAAUGGCACGAAAUAAGCGUGCCACACGAGGCACCUACAGUCCGAGUGCUCAGGAAUAUUGCAAUCCACGGCUAGAAAUGGAUAAUGUGCUAAAGCCACCGCCAGAGGAACGACUUAUUUAGUUAAUUCUCCCCUCAACAUCAACAAUACAAAAACAUAAAACAAACGAUAUUUUAGAAUCCGCCCAUAAAAAUAGUUGUAAGAUACAUACCGUAUGGCUUAGAGCAUGUUUGCUUUGUUAGGUGCUCUGUAAGGCUUCCACAGAGUAACUCUGCAUCCAUACGCUUUUAGAUAGUUAAUAAUGCCGUUGUCUAUUUAUUUGUAGUACGUAGUUUGUAUGGCAAUCACUUUAUAGUCGUUAUAUAGUUACAGUUUAGAUCCAGUAUUCGAUUUCAUUCAAACUCUAUUGAAAAAGCUGCGAACAAAGAUGUGCUGCAUGCCUUCCCCAAAUCAAGUAAACACAGCAAAUGCAUAUACAAAUAGAAACGAAACCCUAAAACGAAAAGAUCGAAACAAGCAAACAGAAUUCGGCAACCUUUAAAUAUAAGCUACUAGUAUUUUGUAAAUAGAUUUGUAUGCCUUUUAAAAACUAAAUUAGCUGAGCUAAACAAAAUCCUACAUAAAUUUAUAUAUAUAUAUA